GCGAACACACCACGGGUCCUCGCUGCAUAGCGCCAGCCACUUAAAUAUGUGUUUAUCUGAUAACUAACAUGAGGCAUUUAGUACAUGGAUAGUUUAUAAGACGGAAAGCCCCCGUACGUCGUGUUUCUUCACAGGAGAGCACUCCCUUUUUCUGCCUGGCGUUUGUUUCAGCGGAAAACCUGCCGUGGAGCGGUUGUCACACAGGCCGCGGAUCGGGUCUUGUUGCUGGGAGGAGACCAUCCAGACUCGCAUCCCUGUUAGCAUUAUUAGCUGGCUACGAUGCACCGCUGCUGCUGGUGUAUUUUCUACACGGCAGGCCACAGUAAAGCGAGGCAGGUCCUUGGAUAAUUGUUUACACCGACGGAACUGAAGGGUGACUUGGAGAAACACCACACCUUUCAAGGAUGGAUGUUGAUUUGUGUGCUUGCGGGGACAGCACCAGAAGAAAAGUGGACUUUGCUGGGGUUUCCGAAGUCACGAUGGAGGUUGUACCGUUGGAGAUGUACGAUUCUGCCAGAGCAAAAAUAGCUGCCAACCUGCGGUGGCUGUUUGCCAAAGCAUAUGGCAUUGACCAUAUUCCAGAGGAUCUAAGGGACCCCUUCUACACGGACCAGUACGAGCAGGAACACAUAAAGCCUCCCGUCAUCCGCCUGCUGCUGUCCUGCGAGCUCUACUGCCGCGUCUGCGCCCUCAUCCUCAAGACGGAACAGGCGGCGUCCCUGCAGUCCCACCUGUCCGUCAUCCAGGCCCUGUCCAGAAAGGGCAUUUAUGUUGUGGAGAGUGACGAUACUCCCGUCACAGAUGAGGACCUGGCCUGUGUGCCCAUCAAAAUGAGUGCUCACAUGCCCAUGAUCGAUGCCCUGAUGAUGGCGUACACAGUGGAGAUGAUCAGCAUCGAGAAAGUGGUGGCUUCUGUCAAGCGCUUCUCUACCUUCAGUGCCUCCAAGGAGCUGCCCUUUGACCUGGAGGACGCCAUGGUCUUCUGGAUCAACAAGGUGAACAUGAAGAUGAGGGAGAUUUCAGAACGGGAGCAUAAAGUGAAGCACCACCCCCUGGAGUCCCCCAGCCACCAAAAGGUACGGUAUCGCCGGGAGCACGCUUCAGGCCGACAGCUGCCCUUCUUCCCCCUGCUGGAGGACCUGAUGAGGGAUGUGUGUGACGGCGCUGCAAUGCUCACUGUGGUCAACUACUACUGCCCGGACCUCAUGAAGCUGGAGGAUAUUUGCCUGAAGGAAGUCCCCUCCAUUGCUGAUAGCCUGUACAACAUCAGGCUACUGAAAGAGUUCGCCAACGAGUAUCUGAAUAAAAGUUUCUAUCUGACGUUGGAGGAUAUGCUCUACUCGCCGCUUGUGCUUAAGCACAAUGUCAUGGUGUUCAUCGCUGAACUCUUCUGGUGGUUUGAGACCGUCAAGCCCGAGUUUGUCCAGCCCAGAGAUCUCCAAGAGUUCAAAGAUGCUCGAGCUAUAGCUCAGCCCAAGUGUGCCCGCCCUUCAGUGCCUAUCUCCAACGCCACCAAGCGCAGCUUCCUGGCCAGCCCUGGUGUGGCCGAUAACCAGAGCAGCCCUGAAGUCUGUAACAGGUACUUCCUGCACCCUGAAGACUCUGACCCCCUUAAAGGGGGUCCAACCUUCAGUCCUUCCCACCCGCUCCUGCCCCUCCGACAGAGGCAACAGAAGCAGCAAGGAGAGGAUGUAUCGAGUGUCAGAAACCGCUCCAACUCCCUGACUCAGAUGGAAGGACAACCCCGAGGCUCUGUUGUUGCAUGGCCCGACAAGAGGCAGAGACCCCUGUCCACACUGGGCCCCUACAUGUUCCAUUCAGCCAUAGACAGUGACGCAGACGUUGCCUCUGGAGACAGUGUGAGUCUGGCUCGCUCCAUAAGCAAGGACAGCCUGGCAUCCAACGUCGUCAACCUCACGCCCAAACACCAGCCUGCUGUGCACCAGCCUCUGCAGACGGCCCUGCGCAGAGUCAACGGCCACAGCCUUCUGGGUAAUGUCAACAUUGAGGACAAGGAGGACACUCUGGUGGCAGUUGCCAGGACUGAAGCUCCCGUCAUCCCCAAACGGGUCGAAGGGACGCAAGCAGCUGCCACGGCAGGACCCAAACCUUCGGCUGAGUCCAAACCCGCGACAGAUAGCUUUUACCUAGAACCACUGAUGCCUUCUGUGAUCAAACCAGCUAAAGAGAAGUCUGUAUGCCUCAACAAGGAGGAGGAGAGUGGCGAGGGGCCGCAUUCUUCAGGCAGGGGCUCUCUGCGCCGAGGAGAUGGGUCUACGUCGGUCGUUCGGAGGAAAGCUCCCUCCGGUCUGAACCAAACCUUCACUCCUCCAGGUCAGGAGGCAGACCUGUCGGAGGAGCCUCAACAGGCUCCAGCAGAACUCCGACCCGCUGGGACCAGCAGCACGGACCCCACGCCCAUAGAGCCGGCUGGGGGCUUCUACCUUCACUCAGAUUCUGAAGAACCAAAACCUAGCCAGGUCCUGGAUGCGGAGCUGGAAGACCUGGACGAGGAGGAAGAGGAUCUAGACGAAGCCGUCACCACUAAAGACCCCAGCAGGCCCAGGAAAGCCUUUAACGAUGAAGACGAGGAAGAGGAGUCGGCCAAACUCCAAGAAGACAUGAAUGUAAAAGAGCACGAGGACAAAGACCUGAAUGGUGGCAGCGGUCGCUCCAGCCCCUGCCUCAGCGCUCACUCCCAGGCCAGCAGCAUGGCGAGCGGCAGCGUGCGCAUGACCUCCUUCGCUGAGCGCAAGGCCCAGCAGCAGCGCUUCGGCAGCAACCAUGACCUGCGCUCCAGCGCCUCCAGCUCCCAGAGGACCACUCCCGAUGGGUCAGAGUGCAGCGGGCCCCUGCCGUCCUCGUGGAGGCUUAAAAGGGACCAGAGCCCCUCCUCCCCACUGGGAGGAUGUGGCCGUAUAGGCGAUGGUAGCGGCUCUAAUGUCCUGGCGUCUGAAAUCGUCCAGCUCCGUAUGCAGCUGGAGGAGAAACGGCGUGCCAUUGAGCACCAGAAGAAGAAGAUGGAGGUGCUGUCGGCGAGGCAGAGGCAGAAGCUGGGGAAGGCCGCCUUCCUGCACAUCGUGAAGAAAGGCGGAGGCAAGAGUGACACGCUACCCAACCCGCUGAAAGCCGACCUCUCCAAAGACGAGCUUGGAGGGGAGAAGGCUCUGUCCAGUAAAGAUGAUCUGUGUGUCAACGCCCUUAAGGGGGGCAAAGAGGCGGCGGGACCGACACCAUCCACGGUCCUGGAAGCAGACAAGAUAGGGAGCGGGGACAGCUUCUAUCUGGAGGAAGAGCUGGACCUGAACGAGUGCAGCCGCUCCAUCGAGCUGCUGAACGACGCCAUCGGCAGCAUCCAGCAGCAGAUGGUGCAGCUGUCCCUGCAGCAGGAGGUGCUGAUGAAGCAGAACCCACAGCCUUCCCCUGGCACGGCUCCACCUGUCCCCACCGACAAAAACAGCGACUCUAAGUCAAAGGCAGGCUUCCACUUCGUGGAACACAGCUCCAGCUCCAGUACCAGCACCACGCCCACCAGGAAGCCCCCGAAGCUAAGCUCAGGCCGGAGCUCUAGGUCCAAACCCUCGGAGCUAAAGAUCGCCAAGGAGCAGAGCCGGCAGCCUUCCAGGACCCUCACCCCCACCCAGAGUGGAUCAGAGACAUCACCACAUGCACGGCAGUUAGCUGGGGGCCGGUCCCCCAGGGCCGAGCAGCCCAACAGCCCCAGAACCCCCACAGCAGGAGAGCCGUGCGACAGGCCGGGCUCCGGCCACAUCCGGAGCGUUAACUUCCGCCUUCACGACGAGGCCAACAUACGCCUGCCCACCCGGGUGGACCUGAGGGCGGUGGCUGCCCCAGAGCUGUCCUUUGAAGAGUUCCUGUCUAGCACCCUGAGAGGGCCUGACCACUCUUCAGACGGGUCGGGCAAGGAGAACAUACCGUCAGAUGAGGGGCAGCGUAACAGAUCCCACCUGAUCGAGGUGGACCUGUCGGAGCUGAAAGACCCCGAGGAAGUCGAGGCUGCUGAGGACUCGGUGACGGAUGCAGAUGGAGAGCAGAAGUCAGGCAUGGGCUUCUUCUUCAAGGAUGAGCAGAAGGCAGAGGAUGAGCUGGCCAAGAGGAGAGCAGCAUUCCUGCUGAAGCAGCAGAAGAAAGCCAAGGAGGCUCAACUCCGUAAACAACAGCUAGAAUCAGAAUCAGAGCAGAAACGAGAUGAAGCCAGACGGAAGGCGGAGGAGGACCGCCUGCGCAAAGAAGACGAGAAGACACGGCGGGAGCUGAUAAAGCAGGAGUAUCUGCGGAGGAAGCAGCAGGAGAUUUUGGAGGAACAAGGCCUGGUGAAGCCCAAAAUGCCCAAAACCCCCAAACCCAAGCAGAAGAACAGACCCAAGUCUGUGUUCAGAGAGGAAUCCCACCAGGAUCAUUUCUCCAAGUGCCCUUCCACACCUGAGAACCUGAGCACCACCCAGUCCGGCUCCAGUCUGUCCCUGGCCUCCGCCGCCACCAACGAGGCCGACAGCGUCAACUCGGGAGGGGCCGGCUCUCAGCGCUGUGACUCUGUGGAGUCGUUCCCAGGCAGCCGGAACAACAGCCGAACUGUAGAGAGAGACUGGGACAACGGCUCCACCGCGUCCUCCAUCGCUUCCAUGGCUGAAUAUACUGGUCCCAAACUGUUCAAGGAGCCCAGCGCCAAGUCCAAUAAGCCAAUCAUCCACAAUGCAAUCUCCCACUGCUGCCUGGCUGGCAAAGUCAACGAGCCUCAGAAAAACCAGAUCCUGGAGGAGUUGGAGAAGUGCGAGUCCAACCACCUGAUGAUCCUGUUCCGUGACGGCGGCUGCCAGUUCCGGGCACUCUACUCGUACUUUCCGGACACCGAGGAGAUUCAGAAGCUGACGGGAACGGGACCGAAGACCAUCAGCAAGAAGAUGAUCGACAAGCUGUACAAGUACAGCUCCGACCGGAAGCAGUUCACCGUCAUCCCCGCCAAGACCGUGUCCGUCAGCGUGGACGCCCUGACCAUCCACAACCAGCUGUGGCAGGCCAAGAGAGGCACCGUGCCAAAGAAGAGUGGGAAAUAACAGACAGCCAGAUUCAACCCCCCCUGACCCCCAUCAUGCCAAGCUCACCGCCAUGGAGACCUAUUCUGGAGAGGCAGCACUUAUGAGGUCCUCUGUGGGGGGGCAGACAAAAGUGUGUGUGUGUGUGUGUGUGUGUGUGUGUGUGUGUGUGUGUGUGUGUGUGUGUGUGUGUGUGUGUGUGUGUG